AUGGAUGACCUUAACGGUCUGAGUUGGUCCUCCAACUCCGCCAAUGAGCCCCAGAAACCCCCGCCCAUGAGCUCCGGUCUCUUUCCGACUGUCCGACGCGCUGAUUCCUCCGGUCGAUCGACUCCCCUGUCUGCCUCUGGUGGCUCGAAUCCUCCGCCCACGACCGUCCCAUCGGGCAAGGACAGCUUCGCCAACCUCGUUUCCUUUGGCUCCAGCAACUCCAACAAGAACCUCUCCCUUCUCGAACAGCAGAAGCGUCUCCAAGAGGAGAGAGCCAGGAAGGAGGCCGAGAACCGCUCGCGGUAUGAGUCGCAAUAUGGCGGUCAGAACUCGCAGUUUUGGGACACCUUGGAGAAAGGAGGUCCCGGCAGGAGCGUCUCUGUGCAGAAUGUGCAGCCCAACGAAGAUGAGGAGGACAUCCUGGCCGCCUUCAACGCCUCCGCUCCGGUAGACGCCUCCACUCAUUUCCCCGUUCCCAGUCCUUCUCCAUCGCCGCAGACUACCUCCAAUGGCAAUGCUUCCGCACCGCAAGACCCCAUGGCGUUCCCCGACGACGACGACCCCUUCGGGUUGAACCAGUUGAAGCCGAAACAAGCUCCCACCCCCCAGCCUGCGCCAGCCGAUGAUGACGACUUUCUCGGAUUACUCGGUAAGCCCGUGUCUGAAAUCCCACGGCCGGAACCUCCGACGCGGUCACCGGUACCCUCCGAACCUGAACGUCAUGCGCCAUCCCCGAGACCGUCCAACGGCACUGAUCGGGCCGUUGCGGAGCUCGUCGACAUGGGAUUCCCCGCAGAUAAGGCCAGCCAAGCGUUGAAGAUGACUCCGUCGGGUUCGGACGUGCAGGCGGCUGUCGGAUUGCUCCUCACGCAGGCCCAUGAGGAGUCUCGACAGAGAUCCCGCAAUCGGCCGACCGCUGAAGAUCAGUACCCCAGCCCGCCGGGCCGCAGCAGAGAUCGAAAUGGAACCCCAGAGGGUGACGUUCCGUCGUGGAUGCAACGGCCCUCGAGGGGUCGGAGCAAUAAUCGCUCACCUGCAUCUGCAGAGAAGGACCCGUCGCAGGUGGCGGCAGCCUUCGGGAACAACUUGCUGAAGACGGCCAACUCUCUGUGGAAGACCGGGAGUAAGAAAGUCCAGCAGGUGGUGCAGGACCUCAAUGCGGACCAGGAUCCGAAUCAACCACGGUGGCUGAGAGAAGCUGCGCUUCGAGAACAAGCGGCCAGGAGUCGCAGCGAGACCUCUCGGAACGCCCCAGAGCAGUCUUCUUUUACCAACGAAGCUCUCCUUCUUGAACCAGGUGCUGAUCCUCGGCCUCAAAGACCAGCGCGGCCGCACGAUGCUCUUCCUCCUCGACCCAGCAGUCAUAACAGUCUCCGCAGUCAGCCUUCUCCUGCCGGUGAUCCCCGGAUGCAACAGCCAGCGUUCAUGCGGCAACAGGCGCCCAGUCAGCGGGAUCCCCGAUCCCGGCUGACCAAGGGUGCUGCGGAGGAGCAGUCGGCGCAGGCAUAUGUAAGUCCAGCACGGAGGAAACGACCCACGGCGCCGUCGCCCGCACCCACCAAUGUCGAUCUUUUUGAGUCUCCCGCGCCUUCUGCUGAGAACCGUGGGAAAACGUCCCCAUCGCCGGCACCGCCCGCACGAUCAUCGACACCGGCGAAGGCCCUGCCGUCGCGGCCUAAGGCUUCCCCACGGGUGAUACCGCAAAUAUCCCCCCAGGCCCUGGCAUCGACGCACCGCCAUCGCGAAAAGGCUGCCGAGGCGUACAAACGAGGCGAUUAUAGCACCGCACACGAAGGCUUCACGUCAGCCCUCAACAUGCUCCCGGACACACAUCCGAUCACCAUCAUCAUUCGCAGCAACCGUGCGAUGACGGCCCUGAAGAUCGGUGAACCGAAGGUGGCCAUCAGCGACGCUGACACCCUCCUGGAGUUGAUUGGACCGUCGAAAGGAGAUGGGGAGAGUAUCGAUCUUGGCAACGGCGAACCGAGUAAACCGAUGAAGGAUUUCUUCGGGAAAGGGUUGAUGCGUAAGGCGGAGGCACUCGAACAAUUGGAACGAUGGGCGGAUGCCGCCCAGGCGUGGAAAUUGGCCGUAGAGAACGGUCACGGUGGCAGCACGAGUAUUCAAGGCCGCAACCGAUGCGAGAAAGCGGCUGGGAUCAGCAAACCGCCUCCCAAGCCGUCCGCGCCAGCUCGACGCCCCCCAGCCCCGGCACCCAAGAAGACAUCGGCUCUCUCUGACCUUCAGGGUGGUUCGGGCUCUGCAGGAGCAUCGUCCGAAGCCGUGACGCGGCUCCGUGCGGCCAACCAGGCAGCCGAGCGCGCUGACGAGGAGAAAUUCGCCCUCACGGAUAGUGUCGACGCGCGACUGGCGGCGUGGAAGAGCGGGAAGCAAGAUAACCUGCGGGCGUUGCUCGGCAGUCUGGAUACGGUGCUGUGGCCGGAAGCCGGAUGGAAGAAGGUCAACAUGUCGGAGCUGAUCAUGCCGAACAAAGUCAAGGUGCAGUACAUGAAAGGCAUUUCCAAGGUGCACCCAGAUAAGAUCCCCACGACGGCGACGACGGAGCAACGGAUGAUUGCGGGCGCGGUAUUUGGCGCAUUAAAUGAGGCGUGGGAUAAGUUCAAGAAGGAGAACAAUCUAUGA